AUGAUUCCUUUCAACAACACCUCACUUGUCACACCUCCCCGUAUCAUCCCUAGCUUGAUCUUCAAGAGAAAGGAGAGUAAUUUUCAAUGCGCCAUACACGCUAAGAUCAAGGCCAGAAACGCAACUGAAACCUAUACUAGACUCCCUAGGCCUGAUGGCGUGGAUAUCCUUUCUGGGAAUGAUUACCUGGAAAUGCUCGCCAACUUCGAUUUGAAAUCCAGCACCGAUGCUUCAUUGGACUCCCUCAGAUGCGAAAUGGACAUGUUCAUGUGGUAUCGAACUGAUUCUAUCGAACUUGAUCGCGGUCGCUAUCUUUCGCCUUGCUUAUUGUAUUUGCGUGAGGGUUCUCUUAAUAGCGAAGAGAUCCCACCAGAUGCUAAAAUUUACGAUCCUGCUUGGCGGACAAUCAAAAUAGUCCUACACAAUGGGCUCCAGAUAUCGUUCAAUGCCUUGGUGCUUGGCCGACUUGCCGUCAAUCGUGUCUCUACAUAUUGGAUCGUUGUUCUCGAUGAGGAGAAGCACCUGUGGGCCCUUCGAGCAGCUGGAAUUGAUGAGGAGGAGUUAGAUGACGAUGAGGCCUGGAUGGACGACCCUCGGUGGCCUGCGCCACAGUAUGACGAGCAGAAGGAUCUCUUUGGUGCAGACUUACUCGUUGUGAGAGUGUGCUCACUGGCAUCGCUGCAGCACUAUCGGAAGUCAAGGCAACAAUUCUCUCCUGAACCUUGUUAUAGUGCCAAGUGUUGGACAAGCACGUAUGCGCUUUUGAAGGCCUCUACUACAGCGGCGGCUGAGGAGUCGUGA